AUUCUCGAAUUUGAAGUGUCAGUGUCCGUUCAUUCAUAAUUCAUUUUCAUACUAACUAAGGUGUAGAAUAGUUGAAAUAAUUGAACUAUUGCAAGAAAAAGUGUGUUGUUUAAUUAUAAAUUAUAGUAAAAGUCUACAAUUCGCUACAGCGUGAUCUGAAUUUUAUACAAAUAUAAAUAGGGUAUUAUAAUCAUGGAGCAGGUUAAUCAAUUAAAGGAGAAGGGUAACGCGGCUUUGGCUGCCGAGAACUAUGACGAAGCAAUUAAAUAUUACACUAGUGCAAUAGAAUUAGAUCCAAAUAACCACGUUUUAUACAGUAAUCGGUCAGCAGCAUACGCAAAGAAAAAGAAAUAUUCGGCAGCACUAGAGGACGCUGACAAAACCGUGUCGUUGAACCCCUCCUGGAGCAAAGGUUAUUCUCGAAAAGGCAGUGCAUUAGCUUACCUCUGGAGAUUCGAUGAGUCAAUCGAAGCAUAUGAAAAGGGCUUAGAACUAAACCCUGGCAAUGAGCAGCUGCUCGCGGGUUUGGAAAACGUGAAGAAGCAAGCUGAGGAAGCUAAAAUAAGAUCAGAUGCUUUAUUUGAGAAGCUGAAAGCAGACCCUCAAACAAGAGAAUGGCUGAAGGAUCCGGAAUAUGUAAAAAUGGUCAAGAGAUUAAACCCAUAUGAUCUGUCAACAUUAGAUACUUAUAUGUCAGACAUGCGUCUACUGCAGACAAUAUCUGUUAUGCUCAGUCUCGAUAUGGGCACGCCAAUGGAUGUCGAUCCACCUGCGGCGACACCAAAACCUACUCCUCAACCCGAGAAGGAGGAACCGCCAAAACCGAAAUAUGAAGAUCUUCCAGAACACCGCGUAUCGGCCUUACAAGAAAAAGACUUAGGUAAUGAAUAUUAUAAGAAGAAGGACUUCGAGAAUGCGCUAGUUCACUAUAAUAAGGCCAUUGAACACGACUCCACGGAUAUCACGUUUUAUACGAACAUAGCGGCUGUUUUCUUCGAACAAAAAGAAUAUGAGAAAUGUAUUAAAGAGUGUGAGAAAGCGAUUGAAAUUGGCAGAGAGAACAGAGCUGACUUCAAGCUGAUCGCGAAGGCUUUCACUAGAAUCGGUAACGCCUACAAAAAGAUGGAACAAUGGAAGUUAGCAAAGACAUAUUACGAGAAGUCAAUGUCGGAGCAUCGUACGCCCGAGAUCAAGACUCUCCUCAGCGAAGUAGAAAAGAGAAUUAUCGAGGAGGAGAAGAAGGCGUACGUAGAUCCCGUUAAAGCUGAGCAGGAGAAGGAACUGGGCAAUGACUACUUUAAAAAGGGUGAUUAUAGUACAGCAAUGAAGCAUUACACGGAAGCGAUUAAGCGCAACCCGGACGAUCCUAAGCUGUACUCUAAUCGUGCUGCUUGCUAUACCAAGCUGGCUGCCUUUGAUCUUGGUCUCAAAGAUUGCGAGCAGUGCUGUAAACUAGACCCUAAGUUCAUCAAAGGUUGGAUCCGGAAGGGAAAAAUUCUUCAAGGUAUGCAACAGCAAGCGAAAGCCUUAAAUGCCUAUCAAAAAGCGUUGGAAUUGGAUCCUAGCAAUGCAGAAGCACUUGAAGGCUACCGGGCCUGUUCUACACAGCUCAACUCAAACCCUGAGGAGGUCCGCAAACGCGCUAUGGCCGACCCGGAGGUGCAGACUAUCCUUCGCGAUCCCGCCAUGCGCUGCAUCCUGGAGCAGAUGCAGCAAGACCCUCACGCGCUGCAGGAUCAUCUCAAGAACCCCGAAAUCGCAGCCAAGAUACAGAAGUUGCUUGAAUCAGGCCUCAUAGCCAUUCACUAACCAUGCCUUGAAAGCGUUAUGCGUAAGCGUUGGGAUUGUUUUUUAAUGUUAACACAAUAGAAUCAUUUUUUAAGUUACGAUUCUUUUAAAAUGUAUGAUUAAAAAUUCUCUCAAUGAAUUUCUCUUUUAACAAAACUGUUACAUGUAUUGUAGAAUCAAGUGUAUCUUUAAUAUUUGUGUCACAAGAAGUAUUUUGUUUUCACCACACCGCCUACAAAAACCAAAUGCUACUAUUUUAGUAUAAAAAUCGUUACACCAAUAUAAUUUAAAAACCAAUCCCAAUAUUAUAGAACUUCUCAAUUUUAUGUAUUUUGAUAAAUCGCGAGAAAACUAAAGUAUAAGUUAAAUAAUUUACGCCUACUUAAAUAGGAUUAUGAGGUUUGUUUAAAUAGUUAAAAAUAAAUAUCUGAGACACCGAUGUUGUUUUAAGCUUGUGUUGAAAAUAUUUAGGGUUGAAGUUUUCGUAGAAUCUAAUAAUGAUGGUGAUAUCUUAGCGCAAGCAUUCAAACAUACAACAUAACAACAAGAUAGUUCGAAGUUAAUUUUCAAGUGUUGCUGUCCGAAGAACUCGAUUAUUAUUUUUUCAAUGUCAACAUUGGCACUAUAACUAUAUAACUGGCAAUAUAAAUGGUUAUUUACAAUGAAGUUUCAGUUCUUUUAUCUAAUGACAUAUAUCAAAUUAUAGUUGCUUAAAAUAUAGUGGAUUGAGUGUUUUGGAUAAUUACACUAUUUUGUUUGUUGGUGUUGGCUCGCUGGUGGCCUAUGGUUUCGGCGAGUGUGUAAUGUCGGCAUAAUCGAUUCUCCUUAUUAACCAAUAUUGUUCAGAAUACUAAUUCAUAUGAACUUGCAAAGAAGUAUGGUAUGAAUGCUUGACGUUAGCGACACAAUAUACUUUAAAAUUCACAGUUUGUCUGUGAUUAUCUCUAAAAAAUUAAGGCUUCUUCUCUCGUAGGCUAUUGUAAACCAUUCCAAAGUAUGUUUCACCUGAAAUACCAUGUAGUAACUCGGUGAACUUAUUUUGUACGAUUGUUUUAGGAUUUAUGCAAUGUUUAUUUGAAAUGGUAAUUUAUGCGAGUAUAUCGCCUGCAUUUGCGAUUUCAUAAUUUAUUCAAUAAAGGAACAUGUAGGCAUGA